AUGGCGCCUGAGGUGGGGGGCUGGGACUGCCUGCUGCUGACCAUGGCUGAGGCCACCUUGAUGGUGCUCCUGAGGCUCCCUGGCUCCUGGGGGGCCCACAUCAUUGGGGGCCAUGAGGUGGCCCCGCAUUCCCGGCCCUACAUGGCGUCUGUGCGCUUCGAAGGCCAGCACCACUGUGGGGGCUUCCUGCUUCGCGCCCAGUGGGUGGUAUCGGCUGCUCACUGCUUCAGCAACAGGGACCCCGUUGACGGCCUGGUGGUGCUGGGGGCCCAUGACCUUAGAAUCCCCGAGCCCACACAGCAGGUGUUCAGCAUCAAGGAGGCCUUCAGACACCCAGACUACCAGCUAUCCUCUCAUGCCAAUGACAUCUGUCUCCUGAAGUUGAACGGCUCGGCGGUCCUGGGCAGCGACGUGGGGCUUCUGAAGCUGCCGCGGAGGGGUGCCGGGCUACCCAAGGCUGAGGCGAGGUGCCGGGUGGCCGGCUGGGGUUUCACGUCGGACUUCCAGGACGCGCCUCCUGGGCUGAUGGAGGUCGAGGUCCGCGUGCUGGGUCUGGACGCCUGCAACAGCUCCUGGAGCGGCCAGCUGAGCCCUGCCAUGCUCUGCACCCACAGUGGGGACCGCCAGAGGCGCGGCUUCUGCACGGCAGACUCCGGGGGGCCCCUGGUGUGUAAAAGCAGGGCCCAUGGCCUCGUCUCCUUCUCGGGCUUCUGGUGCGGCGAUCCCAAGUACCCCGACGUGUACACACAGGUGUCUGCCUUCGUGACCUGGAUCUGGGGUGUGGUUCGUUCUGCAGGACCUUAGUGGCCCUACCACAGCACCCCACCUGUGCCCCCUGGGCCCCUUUCAGGUACUGCCUGAACCACAGCCUCGCUGGCUAUCCAAGUGAAAUGGCAGAAUAGUACAUCAGCUCCCAGCCUGGAAUAUUCUAUGGCUGGGGCAGGGGGUCCAUGGGGACCCAAGGCCUGUGAAGCCUUUGGGGAAGGGGGGAUCAGUUCCAAACAAUGAAUAGUGCCAAAUGGAAUGGAAUAAAGUGUUAACUGAGUAACCAGCUUCGAAGGGGCCAGCCACUCCUGCUGUGGACUCCAGGGCCCACCCCAUUCCUCUACCACUCCCUUCCCUCAUGACCUGGGGGCAUUAAGCAUCCCUUCCCCUCCUCACCUGCCUCCUUUCCAGCCCUCCUCCACCUUGACCUCCUGCCCAUCCUCCCAACAACCUCAGGGAGGGGUCCGUGCUGUUUUAGGUGACAUUUCCCUCACAAGCCCGGAGCUCCCAGACCCCGGCCAUAGGGACCAUCAGGCCUGUAUGGACCCAGGCCCCUCCCCACCCUCUCCAUCUUCCUGGAUUUACCUAUCCCUACCUAAUACUUUGGAAACCCUGGUGGCAUAGUGGUUAAGUGCUACAGCUGCUAACCAAAGGGUUGGCAGUUCGAAUCUGCCAGGCGCUCCGUGGAAACUCUAUGAGGCAGUUCUACUCUGUCCUGUAGGGUCGCUAUGAGUCGGAAUUGACUCGAUGGCACUGGGUUUGUUUGUUUGUAUCUAAUACUUUAAAGUGUUAAAAAGCAAAGAUGUCACCUAGAGGACUAAGACGUG